CGAAGUUAAAUCAACUUGGAAGAUGAAGUCUACCAUUUUGCUGUUUGUUUCUAUGUUCUGGGGCCUGAUUUUGGCCCAAGAUGAUACUCCUGAAAUAGAAAAAACUAGUGGAACACAGUCAUAUGACACGUGUGAUCUCCUGAAAGAGUUUGGUGCCCUGAGAGAAAAACUGGGAGUUAUGGAAACCAGGCUGAAGGACAGUGAAAACCAGAUUCUUGAACUGAAGAAAAAAAAAACAACUAAGGUAGCAUUUAGUGCAGCAAUAGGUGGGAGUGGAGAACCCAUUGGACCCUUCAACACAGACACAACUUUAAUCUACAAAACGGUGAUAACAAACAUUGGCAAUGCCUACAAUGAACAUACUGGUAUCUUCGGAGCACCCGUUACAGGCAUUUACUACUUCACCUUUCAUUAUCAUGCUGGAGGAGGACACCCAGUGAGUCUAGUCCUCAUCAAGAACAGCCAGAGUGUUGUGACGGCCUAUGACAACCAAACACUGAAUGACGGGGCUGAUAACGGAGGCAACGCAGUGUUCGUGCAGCUGCAGCAAGGGGACCAGGUGUUUGUACGCUUAGGUGCAAAUACACAUGUGUGGGGAAACAAUGAAAUCACCACCUUCAGCGGUUUUUUGGUCAAUCAGGAUUGA